CAACCAUUGCUGAUGCUGCAUCUCUGAACAUCUGAACCUUCUUUUAGAUCUGUGUACUCUUGAGUCUGUUCCUCUGCGUGCCGGCUUGCCUGCUUGCUAACGUGAUUGCUAGGCUAUUUCUUUUGCCGUAGGUUUACUGAACGCAUCACACAGCCGUUUUUUUCUUCUCGCCGAGAUGCAAGCACCACGUGACCCUGAGGCCACAAUCCGAAGCACAUCACCGGUGCUAGAUGGUGAAGAAACAAACACCACGUGGGCAGAUGCUACCGAUAGCCCCCAGCCGAGUGGGGAUGCUAACGAAGAGAUGGGAGCCAGUUCAGCAGAGCCAUCUGGAGGUGUAAAGGCAUACGUCCACAUAGAUGGUGUUAAAAUCAGCUGUAACCCUCCAAUCGCUCAUCGGUUAUCCCUGACAUUCCUGGAGAGCAUUAAAACUGGUGUUUUACAUUUGUUGAACACGGUUAUAACGGAUUAUAAGAAAGAGAUGUGUAAUGGCUGCCAUAUUGACCACCCCAGUCAGGACGAGCACUCGUGCAUUGAGGCGGCAGAUGAACUAUUCUAUGGUGCACACUUCGCUCCGCUGAUGCGGAGGCUGUGGCGGGGAAAAUUCAUACCGGCUCUACACACCUAUCUGUUCCUGAUGGGUUUUCAGGCCUCUGACGAGAGAGUCCAAGGAGCGGCUGAGAUGUACCUGUUGGAGCUGAAAUCAGUAGACCUGGUUGUCGACACAAUUUACAACAUGUAUGAACGUAUGAGGGCCGAUGAAACAUGUAACAUGAAUAUGUUACUAUUAAUGAAACAUCGGUGGCUCAAUCUGAUAGACAUUUAG